AUGCAGACCAUCAAAUGUGAGUGCCUGCAGUCUUGUUGCUCACCGUGAACCUCAUCAGUGCAAUGGCACUGAAUGCACUCCCUCUCCUACUCAAAAGGCGUGGUGGUUGGAGAUGGUGCGGUCGGUAAGACAUGUUUACUCAUCAGCUACACCACCAACGCAUUUCCUGUGAGUGACGAAGGCAGGCAGCCCGUGAUGUGCGCGAGACCCUAUCGCGGUUUGUGAGCAGAUCUAGCGCACAUGCUGAAGUUUGUGGUUCUCUACAGGGCGAAUACAUUCCCACUGUCUUCGACAACUACUCUGCGAAUGUGAUGGUUGAUGGCAAACCCGUUAGCCUUGGUGAGCACAAAAGACAACAUUCGAUGCUAGGAUAGUAGCUCGCUUACCUCGACGCCGAAUGCAUGGCGCUCUUCGCAGGUCUGUGGGAUACGGCCGGUCAAGAAGACUACGACAGAUUGCGUCCCUUGUCCUAUCCACAGACCGAUGUCUUUUUGAUUUGCUUUUCACUGGUCAGCCCGCCAUCAUUCGAAAACGUGCGGACAAAGGUAAGCGGGCGCAUUGAGCUGUGUCGUCGACCUGCUUGGCGCAAAAGCGAGGCUGACUCUGCCACCUUUCUGCGGGUUCAUUCGCGUAGUGGUGGCCUGAAAUCAGGUGUGUGCAGACUGGCGCAUCGUCCUAUGGCUUUCUGUGCGGAUGCAUAUGCUGACUCUCGUUGCCACGCACGCAUAGUCACCACGCGCCCAAUAUUCCCAUGAUUCUGGUCGGAACCAAGUUGGAUUUGCGAGAAGACCCGGACACGAUCAUGAAGCUGCGGGACCGCAGAAUGCAGCCCAUUGGAUACCCGCAAGGCAACCAAAUGGCGCGUGACAUUGGAGCGGUCAGGUAUCUCGAGUGCUCAGCCUUGACGCAGAAAGGUCUCAAGGGCGUCUUUGACGAGGCCAUCAGGAGCGUUCGUGAGUGGUCAAAGGCCAAGGUUGAGCGGUGGACACGAGCAGGGCAAGAGCACCCUCGAUGCGUCCUUAUGGCAACUCGUUCUGACAAGGCCUCGUCGGCGCAUACCUUGAUUUCCAGUUGCGCCUGCACCCGUCAAGUCAAAGAAGAAGCGCGCUUGCACCAUCCUUUGA